AUGGAUCGAGAAGCAGUGAGGAAAGAAUACAUACAAAGAGGUGUUUGCCAACCAAAGAAGCACAAAUUUCCUGAAACGGACUUCAGAGGAGGUACAUUACGCCGCUUUAAUAAAUCUUGGUUUAAUAAGUAUUCUUGGCUUGAGUAUAGUGUUUCAAAAGAUGCUGCAUUUUGCUUUGUUUGUUACUUGUUUCAGAAUGAAACUACCAAAGCUGCAGGAGGAUAUGCAUUUUUUGUUAAUGGGUUUAGAGGUUGGAAUAGGCCAGUUCGGUUUAGAAAACAUGUUGGUGGAAUUAAUAGUGCUCAUAAUCAAGCUUUUCAAAAGUUUGAGAAUUUAAAGAACUUUAAGUCAUCCUUGAAAGUUUCUUUAGACCAACAAACUGAGCAAGCUAAAAGUGACUACCGAAUCCGCUUGACUACUUCUCUUCAUUGUUUGAGAUUUCUUUUACAUCAAGGAUUGGCAUUUCGUGGUCAUGAUGAAUGUGAUUAA